GCACGCGAUCGGAGAGGUGGACAGUCGGAUGGUCGAAUGGUUUGGGUGGUUGGUGUGGUUGGGUGGUGCGGUGGGCGGAGGUCUCGGCGCGAGACGCAGCGGCGCGUGGCGUGUUGCAGCAGGCCUUCCGGACGCGCAUGACUACCUCCACGCUCAACCUGCUCAGCGAGAUCCGGAGGCACCAAAGCGGACGCAGGUCCCUCGUUCUACUCCAGACCACUCGUCCACGCUCCCUCCUAUUUCUGAUCACCCGUCCACGCUCCCUCCUUCUACUUCUGAUCACCCGUCCACGCCCGUUCCUUUUACUACUGAUCACCCGAACAGCGCGGGCGCCGACCCGUGGGACGCUGCGGAGGCGGACGCCGAGGCCGAGGCUGCGGCCGGGGCCGCGGGCGCCGACGCCGACGACGAGGACGACGACCCCGUGGUGGAGCGGCAGUCCUCGCCCGCCCAGUGGCUGUCUCGUUGCGCGCGCCAGGAGCACCGCGACCUGAGCCUGCACCGCCACUCGGAGAGCCCGCUGCCGCUGGAGACCCGCUGCCUGCUCAGGUAG